AUGGCAUAUUAUGGUGACAACGCCGACUUCGAUCACUUCUACCGCCCUCGCCACAGAAGUACCGGCCCUGUGACUUACUACGGACGCCAUCCCUACCGGCAUCAUCAUGAGCAGACGCGUUACGAGCUUCGACCAGACCCGUACGACGAAGUCGACAAUCAAACAUACAUCGGCCAGGCGGAUCCUCAAGGCUCCAACGACUCACAAGCCCGACGACGUAUCGCGAUAGCAUGCGCAAGAUGUCGCCGUCGCAAGAUCAAGUGCAGCGGAGACCCGGGGGACAAUACUGGCUGCUCGGCAUGCAAGUCCUCGGGCGCUGAUAUCAGCAAGGACUGUACUUUCAAUCGGGUGGGCAGCCACAGCUGGAAUUGGACAACACCGCCCGAGCUGGAUGCCACUGGUACAAUGAGCAUCCCGGCUCAGGCAUCGGGCUAUCAUCCUCUGGCAUCUGCAAGUGGCCGGCAUGGAUCUCACGGGAUGCACAGACCUUCUCUGCCGCUACUUCACACUCGCACCAACUACCCACCAGAACUCGGCUCGGAUUACAACCCAUCACCAGUUGACGUCUACACGUACCCACCUCCGACAAGCCAACGGCAAGACUCGGUCAGCGGCACAUACCCUCUGGAGAGCUACCGCAGCUUCAGCACCAGUGCACCGUUGAACGCGCCGACAACCGCAUCCUACGAACCUCAGAUGGGUUACACGUUUGGCGCAAUAUCAGCUCCAUCAAUGUCCUAUUCGCAAGGAGACUCCUUCUCAGCGCUAAACAUGGGUCAAAUGCAUUCGUCACUCCCACCAUCAAUGGUUCACGACAGACGUUUGCCAAUACCUUACGUCCCGCCAGAAGCGCUGCCGGUGCCUUGGGUGGCACAGCUGCCUGAGUUGCGCCGUCUGGAGCAGUAUGAUGGCUCACGCGGUCAGCUCGACGGCACUCAUAGCCGGAGCACUCUGCCGUGGACCUCCGUGCCGCCGUACACCACGUCCUCGGAUGCGCCAAUGACUACAUUCAGGUCCAUCAGCGGUCUGCCCUCCACGACUGCUAUGCCUACAACGACUGCUUACUCGGACCCAACACUUGGAUACCAAUUCGGUCCCAUGCCACCGAUCUCGAGUAACAGCAGUCCAGACGUCUCUCCGACUUCCGGCCCCACAGGAUCGGAAGGAUAUCAAAGCAAUUCAGGCUCCUCCACUAACCUGAUGCUUCCACUUCCGAAUGCACGCUACUCCGCAGCAUCAUCGCAUGGACUUCCAUCAAUCAUCACCGAUGGUCGUCCGAGCUACCAGCAAGGUGCUCCGCCGCCACAUUACGCCUAUAUUGGCCAUCGCAACGACACGGAUCCCAACAGCAGUGAUGGGCGUGGGAAUCUUGGUGAGAGCGGCGGCUGGUAUCCCAGGACCAGCAAUGCCGGCUACACAGCCGCAACAUACCCCUCCAACACCCGCACCGCCAACUGCGAGUUCAACGAAGGUCGUAGCCACAGCUACAACAGUUCAUCACUCCGCCAGCCCCAGCCGCAGCAUCCAACGAGUAUCGAUGCUCUCUGCCGUCAAUCGUCCUUUGACCGAGUGACCUCGCCACAACAGCAGCAACAGGAGGAGCAACAACAGCGGGAAGACCAUCAGAAUCUCCAUGAGCGUCAUGAAUGCCAUGACAGGCGCCGGCAGUCUUCUGGCACUACGCAGUCGAGGAUGUCGAUCUCCAACUUCAAUGCGACAUAUUGA